UGAAUUAUUGAAACGGAUAGGGAAGCCUCGGAAGGUGCUGAACAUCAUACAAAGAAACCAUGGCGUCGAACGCCGUCAUUCUAACCCAUAAAUCUCUGCUGACGUUACGCUUGGAUGGUUUUCCACGUAUACCCUCUCUGCAUUUCACCACUCAGCUCACUCGAAUUCAACACAACCCUCUGCAAGCACAAUGCUUGUCGACCCACCCUUCCCCUCCUAAUUCUUUUUCUUCAGCUCAAGGGAUGAAAACAUCGAAUCCUUUUGAACCCGAGUCGACUCUUACCCCGCUUUCAGCGGUUUCUGACGGCAGUUCAGGCGGCGACGGCGGGGAUGGUGGCUUUGGUGAUGGUAAUUCCGGCGGCGGAGGCGGUAGUGAUGGUGAGGGCGAGAGUAAUUGGUCAUUGCUUACAUGGUAUUUAUCUCUUCUUGAGAAGUACCCUGUGUGGACAAAAGCUGUCACGUCGGCUUUUUUGAAUUGUGUUGGAGAUUUGAUCUGUCAGCUAUGGAUCGACCAUGCCCCAUCUUUCGAUGUAAAGAGGACGCUUCUCUUCACAUUUCUGGGUCUGGUCUUGGUCGGCCCGGCAUUGCACUUUUGGUACCUAUACUUGAGCAGAUUGGUUGCAAUUCCUGGGGCAACUGGUGCUUUUGUGCGCCUUAUACCUGAUCAGUUCAUUUUCACUCCAAUUUUUAUUGGGGUUUUCAUAUCUACAUUGGUGACACUCGAAGGGCGGCCAUCACAAGUGAUUCCGAAGCUUCAACAGGAAUGGUUCUCUUCUGUUCUUGCAAAUUGGCAACUAUGGAUACCCUUCCAAUUUCUCAAUUUCCGAUUUGUUCCACAGAACUUUCAGGUGCUUGUAGCCAACUUUAUUGCUUUAAUAUGGAAUGUGAUCCUCUCAUAUAAAUCCCACAAAGAAAUUUCUGCCACAUAAGCAGUGGGUCUCACAAAAAUGCUACCCUUACAGGAGAAAAACCCAACCUUUCAUUAGUCUAAAAACCUACACUCAAGUUUUUACUCUACAAAAACCUCCCCGUGGAUGCUCUAACACUUUUGUAUUGAGGUGAUACCACAUGCCUUCACUUAUGUUUUUUUAAUUUUUCUUUUAUUUUUUUGUUAGACCAUGAGAUGUCCUAAGUAGACCUUAACUACAGGAGACAUCUUUAAGCAUGUAUCAGAAUGGACAAAGUG